AAGAAAGCGAAUCGGAGGAGAAGGGAGGAGGAAGGAGGAGCGAAGAGAAGGAGGAAGAAGACGCCCUCGGGGACGCCGAUAGGACCGCGAAGGAGAAGAGGGUCGAGAGUGACAGCGCCGCGAAGGAAAAUGCAGGAGGAAGGAGCGAAGAAGAACCGGACCGAAGGAGACGGAGAGGCGACCUUGUUCCUGCGGAGAUCAUGUCCUGCAGCGACCUCCGAGUCCCCGCCCCCGCCCCCUCGCCUCCCCGCCAGGCCCAGGAGACCCCGGGGAACCCACGCCUCACGCCACAGCUGUAAACAAGGCAGCGCGACGCCCGUAAACAGCAGCGGGUCCGCCGAUAUUGGCCGUGACGGCAGUAAAGCGAGCUCCUUCCGAUGGCUCGGGCGGCGCGGCAUCCCGACGACCGCAAAGCUUUACCUGGUGCUAGCGGCGACGUCCCUGGUCGUCUACGUCAACGGCGUCGUUGGCGAUUACGUCCACGACGACCUCAGCGCCGUGGUCGGGAACCCUGACGUGCAGGGGACGACUCCACUGUGGCGUCUCCUCGUCAACGACUUCUGGGGGAGGCCCAUGGCGGACCCGGCCUCGCACAAGUCCUACAGGCCUCUCACCAUCCUCUCCUUCAGAUUCACCCACUGGCUAUGGAGUCACAGCGCCCUUGCAGACCACCUAGUGAACAUCGCGCUGCACGUGGGCGUGACUGUGCUGUACGCCCGCACUCUGCUCUCGGCCCUCCGCCUCUCCCUCGCCCAAACUCUUAUCAGUGGCCUUGCCUUCGCGACUCAUCCCGUCCACACUGAAGCCACCCACAAACCCGCGCCUCUUAAACUCGACCCGACAGCACAGGUACAAAAAGGAAACCCGAGUAAUCACAGGAGGCUAAACCAUCCUCCAGAGAUGCCAGGAAGAUCUAAGGAUGUCCUUCUCCCUUCCUCUUCCGCCAGGCACGUGUGGGACCGCACUGGGCUUAACACAGUGAUGCCGCUGUCCCGAAGGAUCGCCAGGAUGAUGUUGUUGGGCCUCUCCGUCGUGUUCCUCAGACUUCUCCUCAUGAGAGCCGCGCCCGUCUUCUCCGACCAAGAUAAUCCCGCAUCUUUCGCCAAGAGCCGCUUCACAAGGUAGGGCAGGAUAAGGAUAGAAGUAAGAUGAUAAGGUUGAUUUCUUGUUUUUAUUAUUGUUUUAUUUUAUUUGUUAAUUAGCAUUAUCAUUUUUUUAUUAUUAUUAUCAUUUACUUUGUUUUCCUUUCAUUUUUUUUAUUGUGAUUAUUUAU